AUGAAACUCAUAAGCAUGAUUCUUCUGCUCGCAGGGCUUGCGCAGGCGAAGAUGGUCCUCAACAUAAACGACAUAACAAAGCCGUUCUCGAUACAGAGAGGCGUGAUUGACAACCAGAUUUGCAAGGGCGUGUUUAUGCUAGAGACGCCGACAGAGGGCUCGCUGAACGCCACGAUUUUCUCGGAAAACAUGAAGAGAGUCUUCACGAAGGAGGGCCUUAAGUACAACGAGGAGGUGCACUUUUCGUUCAACACAACGUCCGGGCAGAUAUACGUUGUGAAGAUCGAGGAGAAGGAGCCGCUUUCGGAAAAGAACAUAAAGAUGCUUUACGAGUUUACGUCGCAGUACAACACGUUCAACAAGGAAAUUGCAAAGUUCGAGGUAAUUAAUCCAGCCAUGUCGGAAAUGACCAAGUUUGAGAAGCUUUUGUACGAGCUUUCCCUGCAGACCUCAUACAGGCAGAAGGAAACCUCUGCCUUCUCCGACAGCGUCAACGAGAUUGUUAUUUCGAUCCUUUGUAUAAAUAUAAUCAUGUUCGUUGCAUUCGCCGGAAUACUGGUCUACCAGACGAUCUCAUUCAAGGACUUCCUGAAGAAGAAAAAGCUGAUUUAG